CCGGCAGGUCCUCAUCUUCACGUCAGUGUUGAAUUGCAGACAGUGAAGGAAAGAGUCUUAACACAGUGCAGAGUUUAAUACAAUAAUCGGGAAGCAGCCAUGAAGGCUUUGGCACUCGUUCCGCUUUUAGCGGCCGUCAUUUCAGCAGCACCACAAUAUGGGCAACCCCCGCCUGAAAUCCAGACUGUUCCAAUAACCCAAGGACAGUGGGCCACUCUCAAUCCUUACGGCGAAUCUGCUACUUACGAAAUUCAAAGGCAAUGGGAGAAAUUCUUUGAAUAUCUUCCGUGGUUGAAGGGACCACCUGGACCACCUGGUCCUCCAGGCGAUAGUUAUGGAGGAUCCUACGAUGUAGCGCAAGUCAUUCCAGGCCCACCUGGUCCAGCCGGAGCACCCGGCGCCACUGGAGAAAAAGGAGAUGCUGGUCCUCCGGGAACACCAGGUUACCCUGGAUUACCUGGGCCACAAGGGCCGCCCGGUAAAGAUGGAUCACCUGGUUAUCCUGGAGAAAAAGGAACAGCAGGUUAUAACGGAGCUCCAGGAUCUCCUGGCAAGCCAGGUUACAAUGGUGAAAAGGGAACACCCGGCCUUCCAGGCAAAGACGGAUAUCCAGGUGGACCUGGUCUUCCUGGAAAAGAUGGAUAUUUUGGAACUCCAGGCCCCAAAGGUCCAAAAGGUGAACCUGGCCCACCCGGAUAUACGAUCCCAUCCAAAAUCCCUGGCCCCCCUGGUUUACCCGGAUAUCCUGGCAAGGACGGAACACCAGGUUACACUGGCGGCCCUGGCCCUGUUGGGCCUCCGGGGCCAAUUGGAUUACAAGGACCUCCCGGCAAACCUGGAACAAAUGGAUAUCCUGGCGGACCUGGUCUUAAAGGAGACGCAGGACUUCCGGGUUACACUGGAGCUCCAGGAAAAGAUGGAUAUCCCGGUGCACCAAGCAAAAUUCCCGGUCUGCCUGGGCCUCAAGGGCCUGUUGGAGCUCCUGGUUACAAUGGCGCUCCUGGCAAGGAUGGUCUCCCCGGUGGUCCUGGAUAUCCAGGAAAAGAUGGAAAGCCAGGCCCUCCAGGAUAUACUGGUUUGCCUGGUAAACCAGGUAAGGAUGGUUAUCCCGGCCCGGUCGGAACUCCUGGUUAUAACGGCGGUCCAGGCCCAAUCGGUCCUCAAGGCAAAGAAGGAUUUCCUGGUUACCCGGGUACACCGGGUAAACCUGGUUUACCUGGUCCAUUAGGACCAAUUGGACCUCAAGGAAAAACAGGAGCUCCAGGUUAUCCAGGCUUCCCUGGACCGGUUGGUUCUCGUGGACUUUUGGGGCCUGUAGGGCCACAAGGAAAGCCAGGUAGUCCAGGUUAUCCGGGCCCUGCUGGGCCCACUGGACCAGCUGGAUCACCAGGAACGUCAUACGAAAUCGCUUCAGCAGUCUACAAUCCCCCAGCGAUCUACAAUACUCCGGAACAAAUUUAUAUUCCCGCAGAACCGGUUUAUCUGCCAUCGGAACCAGUCUACCAAGCACCAGCGCCGAUUUAUUUGCCAUCUUCUCCCAUCUACAUUCCAGCCGCAGAGCCAGUCUAUCAGCCGUUAGCCCCUCCCACGUUAGUGUCCCAACCUAGUUACAAUUCGCCGCAGCCUACUUACAAUCCACCGCAACCUAGCUAUGGUUAAAAAAAAAAAAAAAAAAAUCCCACCCAAGUUCCCAAGAACUUAAGUCAUAGAUUCACGUAUACUCAAAAAUGAUCAAAAAGUUAACUUUAUGUGCUUUGACGUGUUGUUGUUAUAACUCCAUUUGAAUUUUAGUAAAAACAGAAAAUGUCGUCGA